AUGCCCUCGCCUCUCAUCCUGCGCCGCUGCCUUGCUGCCAGUGAGUUGUCCCCGUCGGUGGACUCGCGGCCGUGCAGCAGUCCUUCGGAGCUCCCCGGGAAGGCGGGGAAGCUCUUCCUGGGGGCCACUCCUCCUCGGGCCCCUCGGCUGCCUCGCCGGCUGGCCUGGUGCUCUAUCGACUGGGAGCAGGUGUGCUUGCUACGGCGGUUGGGAACCGGAGGGUUUGGCUCCGUGUACAAGGCGACUUACCGUGGCGUCCCUGUGGCCAUAAAGCAAGUGAACAGGUGCACCAAGAACCUGCGAGCAUCCCAGCGGAGUUUCUGGGCUGAACUGAACAUCGCAAGGCUACGCCAUGACAACAUCGUGCGAGUGGUGGCUGCCAGCACGCGCACGCCCGCAGGCUCUAACAGCCUAGGGACCAUCAUCAUGGAGUUUGGCGGCGACGUCACAUUGCACCAAGUCAUCUACGGGGCUCCUGGCCUGGCUGCGGAGGAGCCGGGGGCGCCCCACCAUGGCGCUGGGGAGCAGUUAAGUUUGGGCAAGUGUCUGCAGUACUCCCUAGAUGUCGUCAACGGUCUGCUUUUCCUUCACUCACAAAGCAUUGUGCACCUGGACCUGAAGCCCGCGAACAUUUUGAUCAGCGAGCGAGAUGUCUGUAAGAUCGGUGACUUCGGUUGUUCGGAGAGGCUGGAAGAUCAGAGGUGCUGUCCCCCUUACCACCUGGGAGGCACAUACACGCACAGAGCCCCCGAGAUCCUGAAAGGAGAGGCUGCCACGCCCAAGGCCGACAUCUACUCUUUUGCCAUCACUCUCUGGCAGAUGGCCACCAAGGAGGUGCCCUACUCCGGGGAGCGUCAGUACGUGCUGUACGCGGUGGUGGCCUACAACCUCCGCCCGUCUCUCUGUGCGGCUGUCUUCAGGGACACUGUGCCCGGACAAAGGCUUGGGGACAUCAUCGAGAGCGGCUGGAGGGCCAGUGCUUUGCAGAGGCCCAGUGCGGACCGCCUGCUGGUGGACCUUAAAUCCUUAACCACGGAGUUCACCUGA